GAGCGUCACGCAUAAAACAUGCAUGGGUGAGACGUCAUCACAAAAACAAUUCAGCUUCUUCUCAGUACUUGAUCAAAAUCCAAGUCGUCUUUAUCUAGCUAUUACUCAAAACUUUUUGGCUCUAACUCUUCCUUCUCUCUCUUUCUGCUUCGCUUCUCGAGGAGCUGCAAUAAGACAGACUAGCAGCUAUGCAAUUCUUGCGGGGUUUAUCAAGGAUUUCGAGAAGCGGCCUCCGCUUGUUUCUUUCUCGUCAACUAUACCCGUUCCCUGUCGCCAAUAGUUCCCAGCUUCUUGGAGACUCUACUCAGAAGUAGGUCUUUAAUCACAAAGAAACUUAUUCCUGGAGUUUAGUUGACUCGCAUGGCUUCAAACAGCAAAUUCAUCAUCAGAGCAGUUUCUUGAUUGAGGAGCCGCUUGACCCGUUCUCUCUUGUUGCUGAUGAACUAUCACUUCUUGCUAAUAGGUUGCGGGCUACGCUAGUUUCCGAGGUUCCUAAGCUUGCCUCAGCUGCUGAAUACUUCUUCAAAAUGGGAGUAGGAGGAGAGAGGUUUCGUCCCACAGUUUUGUUGCUGAUGGCUACAGCUUUAAAUGUGCACAUACCUGAACAAAUUGUUGGAGACACUUUGGCUGCAGAACUGCGUACGAGACAGCAAUGCAUAGCUGAAAUUACAGAAAUGAUACAUGUGGCGAGUCUCCUCCACGAUGAUGUGCUAGAUGAUGCAGAAACUAGACGCAGUAUCAGUUCAUUAAAUUUUGUCAUGGGCAAUAAGGUCUUUAAUCGCAGAGAAACUUAUUCCUGGAGUUUAGUUGACUCGCAUGGCUUCAAACAGCAAAUUCAUCAUCAAAGCAGUUUCUUGAUUGAGGAGCCACUUGACCCGUUCUCUCUUGUUGCUGAUGAACUAUCACUUCUUGCUAAUAGGUUGCGGGCUAUGCUAGUUUCCGAGGUUCCUAAGCUUGCCUCAGCUGCUGAAUACUUCUUCAAAAUGGGAGUAGAAGGAAAGAGGCUUCGUCCCACAGUUUUGUUGCUGAUGGCUACAGCUUUAAAUGUGCACAUACCUGAACAAAUUGUUGGAGACACUUUGGCUGCAGAACUGCGUACGAGACAGCAAUGUAUAGCUGAAAUUGCAGAAAUGAUACAUGUGGCGAGUCUCCUCCAUGAUGAUGUGCUAGAUGAUGAAGAAACUAGACGCAGUAUCAAUUCAUUAAAUUUUGUCAUGGGCAAUAAGGUAGCAGUGUUAGCUGGAGAUGUUCUGCUUUCACGAGCUUUUGUAGCCCUUGCAUCUUUGAAAAACACUGAGGUUGUUUCACUGCUAGCGAUAGUUGUAGAGCAUCUUGUGACUGGUGAAACCAUGCAGAUGACUUGCACAUCUGAGCAACGUUGUAGCAUGGAGUACCAUAUGCAAAAGAAAUACUACAAGACUGCAUCUUUGAUCUCAAACAGCUGCAAAGCAAUUGCCCUUCUUGCUGGGCAAACCACAGAAGUUGCAACGUUGGCUUUUGAGUAUGGCAAAAAUCUGGGAUUGGCAUUUCAGCUGAUAGAUGACGUCCUUGAUUUCACAGGCACAUUUGCUUCACUUGGAAAGGGUUCAUUAUCUGACAUUCGCCAUGGAAUCGUGACGGCUCCAAUAUUGUUUGCUAUAGAGGAGUUCCCUCAACUGCGUGCAGUUGUUCAACAGGGCUUUGACAAUCCUGAAAAUGUUGAUAUUGCGCUGGAGUACCUUGGGAAGAGUCGUGGAAUACAUAGGACAAGGGAGCUAGCUGCAAAGCAUGCUAGCCUUGCUGCAGCAGCUAUUGAUUCACUACCUGAAACUGAUGAUGAAGAAGUAAGAAAGUCGAGGCGGGCACUACUAGAUCUCACCCACAGAGUAAUCACAAGAAAUAAGUGACAGGAGAUUUUCAAUUCCUAGCACUCCUAAUAGAUUUUUUUGCAUAUUUUUCGAUUAUUAUUAUUGUUCUUGUAGCAUGAGGGUCAAUCUCCUCUUGUUUUCAUCUUUGUUUAUUCAUAUACUUCAAUUGUUAUUUCAUGAUAAUUUUUGAGGCCCAGUUUGUAAAUUGUACUUCAUGUCU